AUGGCGACAGUUAGCGCACCAGGCGAGAUAUCUGAACGCCACACAGUCAUGCCAGACUAUGAAGCCAAACUCACCGCUCUCUUCGACGCCUUCUGGGCACAGCUGGAGCACCGGGCAAGGCUGAAUAACCAGAGCACAUGCCAGAGCAAAGAACAAUUUAAGCAACACAACCACCAACGCAUUAUUCCUAAACGGCCCAGGGCCCCAAGAUGGCGCCGCAGGAGGAGAGAUCCUCUGCCUGCAGGUAAACUCAUGGGAGGAAAACCAGCAUCGGAGCACAGCCACAGAGUGCUGGGGACCCCUCGUGCUCCCAAGAGCUCUCCCCACUCUUCUUCCGAGCAGGGAGCCCACCUGAGGGUUACUCCUCACCGCCACCCAUACACCCAGGGGAACAACCGGAAUCCGGCGAAACCUUGGGCCCACGACCCUGGAGAUGGGGUCAAUGGACUUGUGGCAAGGGCCUCCGCUAAGGCCUCGGGCCGAAGACACAGGAUACUCAAGCGAAAUGGAACUGGGAGGUGCACCAGGGGAACCACAACUCAGAGGGCCAAGCACCCGGCGGGUCAAAACACCCACCCUAGAGAAACAGACCCAAGCCUCAAUGGAGCGACGGACCAAGGAGGCAGCCCCCCACAACCAAGUGGACUAGACACCACAUACUACAGCACAACUCCUCCAUGUGGGGUGGGCUGA